AUGGAAACUACCAUUUCCGGUCUGGUCCUCAAAUUUACUGACCAACUCCGGCGUUCGAGCCCCAGAGAAUCAGAGCUGGAGGGUAAGGAGGAGGAGGAGGAGGUUACCGCGGGGAGGCCGGCCACCUUGGUAGCUAUGACAAUCGCCACUUCCGGUCCGUCCCUCUUUAGGACCCACGUCAGCUCGGACCGCGCGAAAUUUUCGCUGUUCCGCUUCCCCAAGGACCAGGCGGCGCGACUGCUGUGGAACCGCUUCUCGCGUGGCCGCCGUGCCAGCUGGUACGGUGGCAAUGAUCGCGCGGUCAUCUGCUCUGACCACUUCGCUCCAGCCUGUUUUGACGUUUCUUUGGUCGUUCAGAACAACCUGCGUUUCUAUCAACGCCUGAAGUUCCUGGCGGGCGUUGCGCCCACCCUGCAACGGGUAUCCUCCCCAGCGUCGAAGGGGCAAGAAGGGGAAAACCAAGCAGGCGGCCUCGAAAUGGGCCGAGAGCCCCAGGCAGCCAGACAAACCGAGUCGCAUCUGGCUCCAGCUUCCUACCCACUGCGGGAUGGAAAGAGAGCCGCUGCUUCACUAUAA